AUGGCGAGGCCACGGGACAUUUUCUGCUCCUUGGGCUUUCACCGAAUUGUAACAUCUGGAUCAGUGUGUUUUGUCAAUUUAUUUGUCACUUUUUUUCCCUUUCUCUUAUCGGGAUUUUUCUCUGGUUUUCUUUCUCACUCCGUAGUGUGUUUUCUUUUUUCUUCCGUCUUCUCUUUCUCCAACAUUCGUUCUUUUUCUUUUUUUUUUUUCAUUACACACUUGUCCCGUUUUAUUUCGUCUAGCCUCGCUUUAUUUCUCUCCUUCACAUCAAGUUUAUUCUCCCAAUUUUCUGACUUGCUUGUUCGCUCGUUUUUUAUCCCAUUUUCUCUAACUCUUCUAUUUUACACUUUCUUUCUUUAUUUAUUUCGCUUUUCGACCCUCAUUCAUUCUUUCUUUUACACUAUUUCUUCAUUUCUCAUUCUUUUAAAUUCGCAAACCAUUUCCCUUCUUUUCGUUCAUGCAAGUUUUUCUUUCUCUUUGACAUGCCUUCUCCUUUUGUAUUUCUUUUCUUCUCAUUCUUUCUUUCGUCUUCUUUUACACCCUAAUAUACAUGCUCUUUAUUUCUUCUCUUACCCCCCUUCUACACUCAUCUUCCUUUUCCGCCUCGUUUACCCUCGUUCUUUUUUGGUUCUUCGAUACUCCUUCUACUUUUCUUCUUCUGAACAAAUUCUCCGCCUUCUCCAUCCAUUCCCUCUUUCCUUUUAUACGCUCUUUCUUUUUCCACACCUUUUAGUCUUCCUGCAUCUUUUACAUUCCUUCUCUUUUUCUCAUUCCAUUCCCACUUUCCCUUUCUCACACUCUUACUCCUUCUCUUUACUUUUUUCUGCCAUAUUUGCCCCCUUGUUGUUUUUGUUUUUAUUCAUUUUCCUUGCUCUCACAUCGUUUCCCUCUUCAUUCUCUUUUUCCCUCUCUUAUUCAUAUCAUUUCCCCCCCUUUCACUUUCUUCACCAUUCAGUUUCUCUUCCUUUGCCACUCAUUUUCUUUCCUGCUUUUGCUUAUACACUUUCUCUCUGUCUUUUUUCUCCUUGUCACAUCCUCUUUCUAUAUGAAUCUUGA